AUGAUAUCUCACAACGCGUACGUCUACCCGGGAAGUGAUAGCGCAGCCUCUUUUGUUUCGCCGCUGAUGGAUUGCACUAGCGCCAUUCACAACUCUGAUAACAUCCAAAACGCCUCUCAUUACUUCACAUCGGCCAAAAGCGCCGCCACUGUUGCGUUUCAGGAGCGCCUCAAAGGAUUGCCACUCACCCUUUCGGAACCGCAGUCCCCGUUUCUACCGCAAAAGCGCGCUAAUGACCCGUACCGACGAACAUCAAUGGAUGGGUCGCCUUGCAUUCCCAAGUCCCCGUAUCCCACUGAGGUGAGCUUCAGGAUGGCAUACAAGGAGGAGGGAGGCAGCGUUUUUGACGCGGUACCGUCAACGCCCAUCCUGACACAGCACGCGCCGCUACCGCAGGGCAGCUGCAGUGUGCAGAGCACCAUAAGGACAUCCUGCCACCCGCUACCACAGCAGCACCCUCGCAGCGCUCUCUCGCCGCAGUUUAACUACCGCGUCCCGACUUUCGCGGCAGGGUCUUCCAGCGCCCCCGCUUUUCUCCGGUGCGAUCCCAACAGAAACACCCCCAAUGUCGCUACCGUCGAGGUGGGCUCAUCCAACAAAAAGGAGAGGCGCGUGGAGCAGCGGAAUGCCCGUGCCAAUGCGCAAACGCAGCUACAGCCGGCUACCCCUUCUGCCACUUCCGUGACCCAUGUCAGGUGCAAGCGUGUGUAUGUGAAUGGCCGGCCUGUUACCGUGUGGCUCAACGCUGCCGAGCAGGCGCAGUAG